AUGGGUAUCCUAGGGCAUCACAAUCUCGACCCUGUCGCUGAGCCUAUCGCUAUAUUCGAACAAUUCGUCUCGACGGUGCCUCAGACAAUAAUCCUGAGAGAAAAGGUCCUUUCCGUCACUGGCGAUAGCUUCGAAAUUAAAUUAGCCAACGGCGACCCGUUUCUGAAAGUGCAAGGGGCCUGGGUGUCCCUUUCAGGUCGCAAGAAAGUCGAAGACGCUCAUGGCAAUCACCUAUUCGAUAUUGUCAAGGAGCUUCUGCAUAUCCAUUCGACCUAUGCAAUUGAAGACACCCAUCACAAGAAGAUUUGUGAGGUCAAGAGUAAUCUCACAUUGGUCGGCUCCAAAGCCACUGCCAGUUUCACUGAUCGUAGCGGCAAAGCAGUAGCUCUCAAAAUGAAAGGAGGCUGGUUCGAUCGUACGGCCGAUAUUGUUGAUGACAAAAGCGGCCAAACAGUGGCUCGCAUUGACCGGAAACUUCUGAGCGGACGCGACCUCAUCUUCGGCCAGCAGACUUACGCCGUUGUUGUGGCUCCCGGGGUAGAUGCAGUACUAAUUGCCGCAUUAUGUAUUUGCUUCGAUGAGAAGAACAAUGAGGAACGUGGCGAAUAG